AUGUGGCCCCAACUCCCCCAGCAAGCCUACUUCCAGGACUCAUUCCGGAGCAGAUUCUUCAGGAUGGGCAUCCAGGCACCGCCCCGACUCCUGGAACUUGCCAGCCAGAGCCUGCUGAGGGACGAGGCCUUGGCCAUCGCCGCCCUGGAGGAGCUGCCCACCGAGCUAUUCCCGCCUCUGUUCACAGCGGCCUUUGCUGGGAGGCACAACCAGGCCUUGAAGGCGAUGGUGCAGGCCUGGCCCUUCCCCUGCCUCCCUCUGGGGGCCCUGAUGAAGGAGCACCAGCCUCACCAGGAGACCUUGGAAGCCGCACUGGACGGCCUGGACGGUCUGCUUGCUCAGGAGGUCCGCCCCAGGCGGUGGAAGCUGCAGGUGCUGGAUUUGCGCCAGAACGCCCACCAGGACUUCUGGACCGUGUGGUCUGGCGCCAAGGGUGGCCUGUACUCGCUGCUGGAGCCUGAGGCGCCCCAGCCCGUGAAGAAGAGGCGCCGGGUGGAAGGCGCGCGGGCGGGGCCGAAGCAGGCCUGGGCCCCCGUGGAGGUGCUCAUGGACCUGUGCCUCAGGGGGGGCACCCCCGACGCAUCCCUCAGCUCUCUCCUGAGGAAGGUCAGGCAGAGGGGGGGCGCCCUCCGCCUGUGCUGUCAGAAGCUGAAGGUCUUCGCCAUGCCGAUGCAGGACAUCAGGAAGAUCCUGAAGCUGGUGCAGCUGGACUCCGUGCAGGACCUGGAGGUGAACUGCGCCUGGAAGCUGGCCACGCUGGGCAGGUUUGCAGCGCACCUGGGCCGGAUGGGCAGCCUGCAGCGCCUGCUGCUCUCCCACGUCCACAUGGCGCCGCCUGCUGCCGCCGACAGGGAGGAGCACUGCGUCAGCCAGCUCACCACCCAGUUCCUCAGCCUGCACCACCUGCAGGAGCUCUACCUGGACUCCAUCUCCUUCCUUGAGGGCCGUCUGGACCAGGUGCUCAGGUGCCUGAAGACCCCCCUGGAGACCCUGUCGAUCACCAACUGCCUGGUUUUGGAGUCAGACCUUAUGCACCUGUCGCAGUGCCCAAGCGUCAGCCAGCUGAAGGACCUGGGCCUCAGUGGGGUCAACCUGACCAGCAUGAGCUCCAGGCCCCUCCGGGUCCUGAUCGAGAGGGUCUCGGCCACCCUCCAGGACCUGGACCUGGACGAGUGCGGCAUCAUGGACUCCGAGUUCAGCGCCCUGCUGCCCGCCCUGAGCCGCUGCUCCCAGCUCACCACCUUCAGCUUCUGUGGCAACCCCAUCUCCAUGGCUGUGCUGGAGAGCCUGCUGCACCACACCAGGGGGCUGAGCAAGCUGAGCCACGUGCUGUACCCCGCGCCCCUGGAGAGCUACGAGGACUUGCGCGGCACCCUGCACCUGGGCCGCCUGGCGCAGCUGCACGCCCGGCUCCGGCAGCUGCUGCGCGAGUCGGGGCGGCCCAGCAUGGUCUGGUUCAGCGCCAACCCCUGUCCGCACUGCGGCGACAGGACCUUCUACGACCCGGAGCCCAUCCUGUGCCCCUGUUACAUGUCCGCCUAG